GGCUGAUUUGUUUAUUUUAAUGCAGUGAAUUUUCUGCUGCAAUGGACGGCAGUCUUAUGGAGCCUGAUGAGAGUUCAACUGAAGAUUUCUUAAAGCAGCAAGAAGAAGAGUUUAGGCGGAAAGUUGAACUUGAGGCAGAGGAAAGAAAGCUCGAAGAAACAUUGGAGUACCAGAGGCGUAUAGAAGAGGAGGCAAAACAGAAACACCUGGCAGAGCAAUUUAAGAAUGCCUCUGGAACUUCGUAUGGUCUUUUAGAAGAGGCAGGUGCAGUUGACCAAAAUUUAAAUGAGGACAGUCUGGACCAGCAGGAUGGUUUAACAUAUAUCAAUACGCCAAGGUUGCAUAAUAUUAUCUCUCCAGUAUGUCUAAAGGAUAUAGAAUUUGGGGAUUUCCGUUUCUCAGAAGCCUCCAUGUUCAAGAACUAUCCAAAUGUUGAAAAUUCUCAUUUUAAACGUGAACAUAUGUUACCUAAUUUGGGAGGACACAAGUUUAUUGGUAAUGAGGUGCAACCAUCUACUCUGAAUGUGGGCAAGACAAAUAAUCAAGCGGGUCUGAAGAUGAAUGGCGUAGGAAGGAGUGCAACUUCUGGAAUGUCUUCUGUCAGUCCUACUACCCACCAGACUAACAAGGCAAUUAACCAGUCUCAUUCAAGAGGCAAGCAAGGCACAUGGGGAGAAGUGCAAGAUGGAUUUGCUUCUUCUGAGCAACAAGCAAGUAGACAACCUAAUAGGAAGAAUAAUUCUAUGAAAUCAGUUGGUGGAAAUGCCCAAGCCAUGUCUUAUGCUAAAGGGAACUGUUUGCUAGGGCAGAAACCAGAAGAUGUUAACUUUCGAGAGCAGGAUCAUAUUUUUGUGCCGGAUAAUUUGCAUAAUGAAAAGACAAUUAAUGAAGCCAAGAGAUCAGUGCAAUUGCAAGCUGAGGAUGAUGACGAGGAAAGAUUCCAAGCAGACUUGAAACGAGCUGUACGCCAGAGCCUUGAUACUUUUCAAGCACAGAGGGGUUUAUCUGCUGCUUCAGCUUCAAGAAUAGGUCAGCAAAAAGACCCUGAGAUAGAUUAUUACAGUGUAUCUGUUAGUGAACCUGGAAGCAUUUCAAACGAUAAAGCAUUAUAUGGAGCAGGCCUUAAAAAUGAUGUUGGGGAGUAUAAUUGCUUUUUAAAUGUAAUUAUCCAGUCACUUUGGCAUUUAAGGAGAUUCAGAGAUGAGUUCUUGAGGAUGUCAAGUGAACAUACUCAUGUUGGAAAUCCUUGUGCUAUAUGUGCGCUAUUUGAUAUUUUUACCGCUUUGAGCAAAGCAUCUUUGAAAGGACACACAGAAGCAGUUUCUCCUACUUGUCUUAGGAUUGCUUUGAGCAACUUGUAUCCUGAUAGCAAUUUCUUCCAAGAGGCACAAAUGAAUGAUGCUUCUGAAGUAUUAGCUGUGAUCUUCAACUGUUUGCAUCAGUCAUCCACAUCUUCUGGCGAUUGUGAAGCUGAAUCUGAAGAAAGUAAUUGUAUUGGUAACUGGGAUUGUGCAAGCAGCACUUGCAUAGCACAUACGUUUUUUGGAAUGAACAUAUAUGAACAAAUGAACUGUAAUAGCUGCGGUGUGGAGUCCAGGCACCUGAAGUACACCUCCUUUUUUCACAAUAUCAAUGCAAGUGCACUUCGGACAAUGAAGAUCACCUGUGGCGAUUGCUCUUUUGGUGAGCUUUUGAAGCAGGUGGAGAGGAAUCACCAGUUAGCUUGUGAUAUUGAGGCAGGUGGUUGUGGCAAGCCAAAUUAUAUUCACCAUAUUCUUUCAACUCCCCCACAUGUUUUCACUACAGUUUUGGGCUGGCAGAAUAUGAAUGAAAGUGUAGAUGACAUUUCUGCCACCAUGGCAGCCGUUUCCACUGAAGUAGAUAUCGGUGUCUUAUACAGUGGGAUAGAUCGAGGAAGCAAGCAUUCCCUUGCUUCUGUGGUUUGUUAUUAUGGACAGCAUUAUCAUUGCUUUGCAUAUGAGCAUGAACAGUGGGUUAUGUAUGAUGAUCAGACUGUUAAGGUUAUUGGUGGUUGGGACGAUGUUGUAACUAUGUGCGAAAGGGGUCAUUUGCAACCUCAAGUCCUUUUCUAUGAAGCUUUCAAUUAGAUUUUCUGAAUAUCCAAAGAGCAAGUACUACCUGAAAGUUCAGAUGAUUGUGAUGUUUAAUGAUAGAUUUAUGUGUCUUCAUCUGCUGUUAUCUGAUUAUAGGUUGCAUAUUUAUCAAAGUGCGAAGAGUUAAAUCCUCCACUGGGGUUUACUGUCAGAGCAGUUAUUCAGGGCCCUUUUUGAUAGACAUCUUCAGCAUCUGGAAAAUACUUACCCUUAAUUAUAGCAACUAGAAGUGAAGGUGAUUUGGAAGAAGAGAGCUUUCCUAUUGCCUCUUAUCUGGGCUUCCAUUUAAGCAUUCACAGAUUGAUUUUGACCUUCGACAGCGAGGUAAACAGUUUGAGGUGCUUGUAUUACAGCCAUAUUUAAGACUCAGGCAGUGACUGCUCGUUAAAGAGAUGAUACCUCUGAGUUGUGUGCCUGUGCAUAUUUUUUUGCCCCCACUUUGGUGAAGGUCCGCUAUGUGAUCCUGAUUCUUCCUUUGUUUAGUUGGUAUACUAGUGAGGACUAUGGCCCUCUUAUUUUUGCGGAUAGAGAAUAGAAGGGGAUCAAUAGAAUAAAUCUUUUUAUCCCCUUAAUCAUAUUUUUUUUCUAGGUUUGUAUAGAAGACAUGUACCUUGGGACAAUUGUCAGUGAAAGGGAAUAUGGAAUGAUGAAAAACAAGAAGAAUCGAUAUUAAUCUUUUUGUUCCUUACCUCGGCAUCAGAAUUUUGUUGCUAGAAUAGUUCUCAAUUUAAUGCGAUGGAAGCAAUAUCAUUUUGA